UUGAAACAGUGAAGUGCAGUGAAAGUAAACAGACGAUAAUUACUGUAUAUUUUGUGCUCAUAUUGCAAGCAACACCAGUACGUGUAGGCAAAAUGUCUACUAGACAAGCAACUAUACCUUUUAAUAUCAGGAAAAAAAGCUCGAACACUACGUCGUUUUAUGGCAUUAAAGAGAAAGUUGUGACAGAGGACUUCAGUAAUGCGGCGUUAAGACAAAUUCCCGAAUUGAAAUACAUCCCUACGGUUAAAAAAAUCGUAACCUUAACGAGCAGCGACUCCGACUCGGAUGGUGACGCAGAAAAUGCCGCCAUAAGAAAACCAUCGGUAAAAAAUUCGAGGAAGCGAAAUACAACCGACAAAGUUUCGACCCCAAGAAAAAACAAAGGUAAGAAAUCUGACCAUUUAUGUGAAAAUGGUGCCACUCCGCCCAAGCAGAAAAAAAUUGAGGAAUCAUUCUCUUCGACGACACCAUCCAAUUUGCUAAGUAUUCUCGAUAUCGAAUGUGUCGCAGAAGAUGUGGAAAAAUCGAAAGAUAAAAGAGUUCCUAAAUCUUCCAAGUUUCAGAGCGCCCGUCAAGCUCUGCAUAGUUCAGUAUCAGUGAAUUUACCUGGGAGAGAAAAAGAGCUGACAGAAUUGCGAGAGUUUAUAUCUGAUUGCUUGAAGAACUUUAGUUCCGGUUCUCUCUAUGUCUCUGGACCCCCAGGGACAGGGAAAACUGCUUCUUUGUCAAAGAUUAUGCUCGAGCCAGAGUUCAAGGCAGUGUUUAAAGUGAUUUAUAUUAAUUGCACGGCGAUAAAAUCAGCUGGUGCUAUUUACGCAAAAAUCGUUCAAGAUUUAGGUCUCAAUCUUGCUAAAAGUGAGAAGGCAAACAAGUCGACCGUUGAAAAGUACCUAAAGUCAAAGCAUCAAAUGCUCUUACUUGUUCUCGACGAAAUAGACCAGCUGACCACCAGAAGUCAGUCGGUUCUCUACACAAUUUUUGAAUGGCCUUCUAAAGAGGGAUCCAAACUUGUUCUGGUUGGAAUAGCAAACGCUCUGGACCUCACUGAUAGAAUCCUUCCGAGGCUACAAGCAAGGUGUGAACUCAGGCCAAAAUUGAUGCAUUUUGCACCUUAUUCUAAAAAGCAGAUAGUCGAUAUUAUCACCGAAAGACUUGAAGAGGCAAAUGUAUCUGAUGUUCUCAAUGGAGUAGCUGUUCAAAUGUUAGCGGCUAAGGUUGCAGCUAUUUCUGGGGAUAUUAGGAAGGCUCUGGAUAUCAGUCGAAGAGUCAUAGAGAUUGCAGAAGCCCAAAGAGUUGCUCAGGUUUUACAACCCUGCAAUGACAACGGUAGUAACACUGUUGGAAGUCCACGAAAACAGCAGGAGAUACCUCAAGAGAAAUCGGUUGGUUUGAAGGAAGUUGUCACGGUUCUGAACAGUGUAUAUGGAGGUGCCCAGAAUGUCAACAAUGAAGAGAGUAUAUUUCCCUUGCAGCAGAAGCUGCUAUUGUGUUCGCUGAUGCUCAUUCUUAAUAAGGGCAAGAACAAGGAUGUGACGAUUGGAAUGCUGCACGAGGUGUACAAAAAAGUUUGCAAGAAACGAAAUAUACACAUGGUCGACAUGUCCGAGUUCGUUAGCUUGUGCUCCCUCGUCGAAACUCGCGGUGUAUUAAGAAUAGUCGGUAAAAAGGAACCCAGAUUAUCCAAGGUACAUCUACAGUGGGACCAGGACGAACUUGGAGGAGCGUUGCAGGAUAAAACUAUGAUGUCAGAAAUUUUAAAUGACGCAUCUUGUCUAUAGAACGAUUCAAAGAUUGUCUAUUAGGAUCAUAAAUGGACAAGAGUAGAGUGCCUUUCGUUUUUAUUAGGAACAAUUUUUAAUUGACGUUACGUUUGACCAGAGAUUAUUUUUCGUGCCACUUGGAUUGUUCGCGCGUUUUUGGAAUGCACGUGACAACGUUUUGUAAGAUUUUUCAAUCAAUUUUAUUUAUUAUCGAUUAUUUUAUCAAUCAUCGAAAUCGGUUUAUCGACUUAUCAGAAUUGCACGAGUCAAACGAAACAAUAUUGACACGCUCUUAGAGUAAUAUUUUUU